AUGAUUAAAAAGUUAUUUUAUACAUUUUCAACUAUUUCUAAUCCUUACAAAGUUUUGGGUAUAAACAAGGGAGCUUCACCGUAAGAAAUAAAAUAAGCAUAUUACAAAUUAGCUUAGCUUUACCAUCCGGAUAAAAACUCUGCUAAGGAUGCUGCUAAGAUGUUCACUCAAGUUAAUAAUGCCUAUGAGAUUCUAUCAGAUGAAGUAUUAGUAUUUAAUAGCAUAGAGCAAAAGAAAGAUGUAUGACACAUGUGGGGUAUAAGAUGAUAAUAGCGAUGAACAAGAUUUUGAGGAUGAAUUGAGAGGCAAUGCAAAUAGUUAUUAAUAAAAAGCAAGGAGGAAAUAAUCGAAGGGCAAAUAUUAUUCAAAAUUUCAUUAAGCAGAAUAUGAGACGAUAUUUAGUGAGUUUGAUCAAUUUUUCUAGUAAAAGCAUGGUAAAAAGAAAGCCUACUAUGCAAAGAAAAAGGGAGAUGACAUAAAGUUGGAUUUGAAAUUGAGCUUCAAAGAUUCAGUGUUUGGUGGAAAGCAUAAGUUAUCGUAUAGUAGAUAGAAGACUUGUGAUACUUGUAAGGGGAGUAGAUGUGCUCCAGGGAAGACAGCACAAAAGUGUUUUUCUUGUGGUGGAUCAGGGUGGUUGUUUUAUGUAGAUGGAGGGAGUUCGAUGGAAGUCAAGUGCAACAAUUGUGAUGGAUGGGGGAAGGUAGUUAGAGAUCCUUGUCACACUUGCGAGGGGAGUGGAAUAGUUGAAAAAGAAUUUGAUAUUGAAAUAGAAUUACCAAAGGGAAUUCAAAAUGGAACCAUAAUUAGACAGUCAAGAUAUGGCCAUGCAGUAUUUACAUUCUUUGAUAGUAGAGUUAAUACUAGGGAGAACCAGGGGAUUUGCUGAUAGAAGUAGAGGUGGAGGAGGAUAACACUUUGAGGAGAGAUGGAAAUAAUAUCAUAAGUGAAUUAGAGUUGAGUGUGAGUGAGAUGGUGUUGGGAUGCAAGAAACAGAUUCAAACCAUUUGGGGUGCAUUAGAGGUAUCGAAUUGAUAAAUGCAUCAGAUUUCCAUUCCAGGAGCUCAAUAGCCUAGGACUAAGUUGCAAAUACCGCAGUACGGAAUUCAAUAUGGGUAAUCUCAAUGGAAGAAGGGAGAUCAUAUUGUGAUUCUGAACUUGGAGAUUCCAUAGCGACUGAACGAGAGAACAAAACAAUUAUAUUAUGAACUUUUAAAGCAAUUAUGA